GUUGCUACGUGGCUACAUGGCGGCGGUUCUGUCCCGCGUCUAAACUCUCCGAGUGACGAUGAAAACGGCAACCGCACGUCGAGUACAUUUCACCUUCCUGCUCGGUCUCAGUUCCAUGAACUCUCAGAGUAACUUUUUUUUCCUUUAAAAUUAUUAUUUAUGGUAAAGAAGUGAAAGAAAAGAUUUGAGCAGAAUGCCGAGCGACGGAGUGAAGCAGAGGAAAGCGAGAGCAGCUUCUGGUCCGAACGGAGAAACUCCGCGUGGAGAAGGAGAAGUUAAGAAAGAUGGAGAUGCGUGUGGGAAAAGCGCUCAGUGUUGUUCAGUAGAUGUCAGGACUGUAGUGAGUUUACUGUCCCUCAGUGCCUGCUUUCUGCUCGCAUGGGCCAUCCUUCAACAGAAUGCGAGGUUUAAUGAAGUUGAAGAAAAAUACAAGCAUUUGUAUGAAAAGGCAGCCGAUCUGCUAGCACUGGAGAUGAAAUUCGGUGCCGUUUCCAAAAAGCUGGAGGCCUCUGAAGACCAUCUGAAGGGACCACAGACCACACUAACUGAGCUCCAACAGGAAGUCACCUCUCUCAGUGGCAUCGUUACAGCUAUGCAAGAGGACCAGCAGGCAUCAGCGCACCGCCUCCAAAGUGUGAACAAGCGCUUCCUAAACGUGACUGAGACAUGGCAGGGCGGUCUGGCCACCGUGACGGAAGACCUGACGGUGCUGAGGUCUGAGUCCCGCUCGGUUCAUGGCCGCGUAACAGAGCGUGUUAACGGAGCUGAGGAGCGUCUGCGUGCUUUGGCCAAACGCCUGGAGGAGCUUGAAGACAGCACAAAGAGAAAUGGUCGUGUGCUUGAGCGGACAGAGGAGGAGGAUACCAAAAGCGUCCAAAAUCAGCUGGACUGGAACACAAACCAGGUGAACAGGCUUCAGGAGCAGUUUGUGUUUCUUUCCAAAAGAGAUCUGGAGUUUGAGGAGAAGGUGGUGGUGAUGGAGCCACAGGUCAAAGAAUGUGAAACACAGCUUCCUGUUAUCGAGGAUGCAGUCCGCUCCAUCCUAAGGUUAGGAGCUGAUCUAAGUGGCACUGAGAGGAGGCUUGAGGAACUCACGCUGCAAGUGGUGGGCACAGAGGACAGCAUGCUCAAGGCACUGACUGAGAUUCUGCAUCUCCAACAGACCCUUGAUGAUCUGCAAGUGGACAACAGCGGGAUGAAGGUGAAGAAUGAGCUCGGAGUUGUCCUGAAUGCCAUGAAGGAGCUUAAACGUGUGCGUAGAGAAGAAGAGUUUUAUCCUGGAAGGGAGGAGCCUCAGCCGGAUGAGGGGAAAGAUGUUGAGACAUUAAAUGUCCAGCAAUUAAAUGAUGAUCCAAAUGUUUUGAAAGGGAAUGGUUCUCCAGAAUCAACAGCAGAUCACAGGAACAGUGCAGAAGCUGCGGAGAUCUCAUUAGACUGAAUUGAAUGAGCUGCGCAGAUUUUGUUGAAAGACAACUGACAUUUUUACUGUGUACUGUUUGUGUAAACCUACCUACAUUAUCAUUCACAAAAUCUUUUACGUGAAAUAAAGGUAAAAUCCAUGUAUUUUUAUGUAAAUUUACAUCAGAAAAUUCUUCUGUAAAUGUAUUGGUACAUGUAUUUGGUUAAUGACAUUGGGAAACACUGAUCACUUUGAAUUAUAAAUAUGCUAUACUAUAGAAUAAAAUGUGUUAUUUACGAUAAAUAUCUAUUUUACACUGUCUAACAUUUAUUUUGUGUAAAAUAACUUAAGCUUACUCAAACUGUAGAUCAGUAAAUUUCUCUAUCUUGGUUACCUAAAACUUGUUUGCUCGUAAGUACUUGAUGCUAAAUAGCUUUAACAGUCUGCUUCACCAGUUUGGUAGCAUACGUAACAGUAGGUACAUUGCAGUUAUAGUUUUGAUGUGUGUUUAGUAUGUCACACCAGGACCUCACUCUGUUUAUCACAAGUCACUACAAUAAUGCUUUUAAAUAUAACUGCAGUAUGUUAAAUGGUUUUCAAUAACUCUUGUGUUUAAGAUCCUUUUUUUUAUUAUUCUGUUUUAACUCUUAUAUGAGGAAGCAAGGUGGUGUAGUGGUUAGCACUGUCGCCUUGCAUCUCCAGGGUUGAGGGUUCGAUUCCCACCUCAGGCCUGUUUGCAUGGAGUUUGCAUAUUCUCACCAUGCUUGGUGGGUUUCCUCCCACACUUAAAAGAUUAGGUUAGUUGGUGUUCCAAAACUGCCCAUAGCAUAUAAUCGAGUGCACAAUCUUCAUGAGAUCCAGUUUCAUCAUGGUGCUAGAUGGGUUUUGCAAAUGCACUUGACAGUACUGUAUUUGCAAGAACUGUUCUUGACCUUCU